CAUUGAUAGGGAAGUAUUUAACUAAUUUUGAAAUGAGUUUGACUUAUGUUUUGGAUCAUGUAUAAUACAAUAUCUCUUUUCAUUUUAACUCAAGCAUGUGCCUCGUGCAUCAAUAUAAAUAUUCAUGGACCAGAUUAUGUUAGAAAUGGAGAACAUAUAUGGGUAAAUUGUUCGUCAGAUAUUGUGCCAUCAGGUCAGUAUACUGAAUUUAUCGUGAAUGGUGAAACACUGGACAGUUUAGAACGACGAGAAAUGGGAUGCUUUUCGGCAAUCAAAAGAGCAAGAUGUUCCUCAAAUAUGUGUCGUUGUUCUACAAAUGCUAAACAAUAUGCCAUUCGAGUUCACGUGCGUCAGCAGUUUCAAGACUUGACAGUUGAAUGUUCCAUGAAAUUCAAGUCACAGGAACCAUUAUUUGAGAAAAGAGCAAAAACCAUUCGUGUUCUUGAUUUUUCAGAACCAAUUAUCGACAUAAACGGAUCAGAAAUCAUUGUUGCAGGAACACAGAGAAUAAUAAGGUGCAAUGUAAUAACGACAUUAAUCUUGCAAAUGUACUGGAAAUGUCUAACUAUCACAUCAAGUCCUCCGAAACGUUAUGGUUUGACUCUUUCAAUAUAUGCUCAUAUAGCCGCAAAGUCAUCAGAUCAUGGAGAAAGUUGUACCUGCAUCGUACAAUAUGAAAAUUUUGUUACAUCAGCAUCAAUUAUGCUUAACAUUUCUAGUCCACCAGUUAUUCAAGGUAGCAAUACAGCUAUAUGCAAUCGAACUUCCGAUGCUCAAUUACAAUGUCAUUUAUCUGGCGAUCUUCAUUACUACGGAUUUGUUCAAUGGAUUCAUACAAUAAAUGGGAAAUUCAUCCGAACGCUGAAUGGAACAACACAUGGCAUUGUUUCAACUUUGCUUUUACCGUCAUGCUCUUAUGAAGAUUUCGGUAACUACACAUGCAUAGCUUGGAAUGAAAACAAUCAUCAUAAGUAUUGGUCUAACAAAACCACUUCACUUACUGUUAGAGAUCUUCCUGUAAUAGCAGACACAGAUAUAAUUACUGAGACAGAACUACAAUUUGGUUUACUCUACUAUUCCAUACCUACGACAGUCAACAUACGGUGGUUUCGGUAUGGAGAGAAAUUAGAAAAUUUGUCAUCAUAUUCCUUUUCCUCAAGUAAACAGCAUGUGAAUCUACAAUUCUAUGGAAUAAAUAUACUCUGUAAUGGAUAUAGAUCGAUAUUGAAAAUCUCAAAGCCCUUGUUUGGAGAAUAUAUAGCUGUUUUGAAGAAUGAAAUUGGUGAAACUAAGCAUGAAUUUAAAUGGGAAUCUAAUGAUUUUGCAUUUGGCUUUCAUGAAUUAAUGUGGGGACUUACUGGUGUUGUAAUUUUUAUAGCAACAGCUGGGAUAAUGGGAAUUUUUAUGAAAAUAAAAAUUAGCCGAGGGAUUGAAAACAAUAUGAAUUUUCAGAACAAUACAAAACCUGCAGCUAUAUACUACGCAGCUCCUGAGGAAGAAAACAACGUUCAUUUAUAUAAUGAUGCCGAUGAUGGUUUCCGACAGUCAAUAAAUGCAUCCGUGGGACACUACGAAGAGAUAACAGACAAUUACCAAGAUAUCAAUAGACUAGAAAUAUACGAACGACCAUAUGAAGUUUCUCAUCAUUACAUCGAAAUAGAUACGUGAAUACCAGUGACAUAAUAUAUUUAUUGGGAGAUUUAAAAAAAAUAGUGUUGCUUCCCGAUAAAUGUUAAAUAUUGUAUCUUGUGGAAAACCAUGUUA